UUAUCCGCGGGUCUUUUGGAGAGUCAGUCUUGUAAAUGUUUAGCAUUUUGCUGCUUUACUGCUGCUGCUCUUUGGGGACAGUGCCGGCGCUUGCCAAGACCAGCGAAGAGAGGCAACUGAGUCCAGCCGAGAGCCAAGUAUGGGGGCCCGGGCUAAAGGCAGAGGUUGUCCUUCCGGCCCGCUAUUUCUAUAUCCAGGCGGUGGACACAACGGGGAAUCCAUUUACCUCUUCCCCAGGUGAGAAAGCAUUCCAGGUGAAGAUCUCUGCUCCGGAUGAGCAGUUCACUAGAGUUGGAGUCCAGGUUUUAGACCGGAAGGAUGGCUCCUUCAUCGUGAGAUACAGGAUGUAUGCAAGCUACAGAAGUCUGAAAGUCGAAGUUAAAUUCCAAGGACAACACGUGGCCCAAUCCCCCUAUCUCUUAAAAGCAGGGCCAGUUUACCAUGAAAACUGUGACUGUCCUCUGGAAGACAAUGAGACCUGGCUACGGGUGAUGAACUGCCCAGCAAGCAUCCCUCAGAUUCAGAAAGAUCUGGCACAUUUCCCUGCUGUCGACCCAGAGAAGAUUUCGGCAGAAAUCCCCAAAAGAUUUGGCCAGAGGCAGAGCCUGUGUCACUACACCAUAAAGGAUAACAAGGUUUAUAUCAAGACUCAUGGCGAACAUGUAGGUUUUAGAAUUUUCAUGGAUGCUAUACUGCUUUCUCUGACUAGAAAAGUGAGAAUGCCAGAUGUGGAGUUUUUCGUUAAUUUGGGAGACUGGCCUUUGGAAAAAAAGAAAUCUGCUUCAAACAUCCACCCCAUCUUUUCAUGGUGUGGCUCCACGGAUUCCAAGGAUAUCGUGAUGCCUACCUACGAUCUGACUGACUCUGUGCUGGAGACCAUGGGCCGAGUGAGCCUGGAUAUGAUGUCUGUGCAAGCAAACACGGGACCUCCCUGGGAAAGCAAAAACUCCACAGCCGUCUGGAGAGGGCGAGACAGCCGCAAAGAGAGAUUGGAGCUGGUAAAACUCAGCCGGAAGCACCCAGAACUCAUUGAUGCCGCUUUCACCAACUUUUUCUUCUUCAAGCACGAUGAAAGCCUGUAUGGCCCCAUUGUGAAGCACAUUUCAUUCUUUGACUUCUUCAAGCAUAAAUAUCAAAUCAACAUUGACGGUACGGUGGCAGCCUAUCGCCUGCCGUACUUGCUGGUGGGCGACAGCGUGGUGCUGAAGCAGGACUCCAUCUACUAUGAACACUUUUACAAUGAGCUACAGCCCUGGAAGCAUUACAUUCCAGUCAGAAGCAACCUGAGUGACCUGCUAGAAAAGCUUCAGUGGGCCAAGGACCACGACGAGGAGGCAAAGAAGAUAGCAAAAGCAGGACAAGAAUUUGCAAGAAAUAAUCUCAUGGGUGAUGACAUAUUCUGUUAUUAUUUCAAACUUUUCCAGGAGUAUGCCAGCUUACUAGUGGAUGAACCCCAAAUCCGAGAGGGCAUGAAGAGGGUGGAGCCCCAGACCGAGGACGACCUCUUUCCUUGCACAUGCCAUAGGAAAAAGACCAAAGAUGAACUCUGAUACACAAAAUACCUUUCAUUCAAAUGAUGGUGCUUAGAAGACUCUUCUUAACUGAAAAGAAGAAUGGUUUUUUAGUAAUUCCACAAUGUAAAAAUCUGUGUGAUUGUUUGGAUCACGAAGAUAUCUUUUCUGCUAAUUAUGCUGUGUUCCUAUGCCUAUCCUUAAAAGCACAUUUUAAUGUUUUGUAAUAAAACCACCUUUACUUU